UUCAACGUUGCAAAAAGAAAACAUUCACACUACAGCGUAUUACCGAAUAGUUCUAGUAUUAUUGUUGUCUUGUUAAAAAAGAAGUACCACGUAGCAACAAUGGAGGAAAUAUUAAACGAUUCUAUCAUCACAUCAGAGUUGGAGAAAUUCGAGAAAAAGUACAAUGAAGAAAUGCAAAAUGGUCCAGUCACAACAACAACACAGUUCGAAUACGCUUGGUGUAUGGUACGGAGCGACCUGGCGAGCGACAUGAAGACGGGUUUGGUACUGCUGGAAGAUCUGUACGUGAAGCACCCCGAAGGGCGACGGGACUACCUGUACUACAUGGCCAUCGGUCACACGAGACUGAAGGACUACUCGGAGGCUCUGAAACACGCCCAGGCAUUCCUCGAAAUUGAACCAAACAAUCAGCAGGUGAUAGCGCUGGAAGAGCUGAUAAAGAAGCGCAUGGAUAUCGAAGGACUGAAGGGUGUAGCGAAGGCCACCGGAGCGGCCCUGGUCGUCGGAGGUAUUCUUGGGUUGGGUUUUGCAAUGCUAAAGAAAUGAAAAUCGCCCUAAAAUCAACGCUCCGGUGCAGCCGUGCCUUGGUGAGGGUUGGCCAGUGUCCCGAUGUAGGCACUAUUGUUCCGUUUGUAUAAAGUUAAGCUAAACCAGUGCACCGUUGGGAGGUGGAGUACCUUGGCAUGAACUCACAGGCAGCAUAAAUUGGUUUGGAAGAUGAAACGUUCGCUUUCUUAGGAUUACGAUUAGUUUCAAUAGAAUAUUAAUUUUCACGUAUCGUUGAACUUAUCUACACUGAUUGUCAGAGGCGACAAGUCGCGCAUUUUAAUUUGUUUCGGUGGUCAAUGAUGUCAGUCGAUGUUUCCAGCUAUUGAAGUGACCAAAUCAAAAAGGAUUCUUUCAAUCGAUACAACACAGUAAAGAUCUUUAGUUGGUAGGUUUAUCCGAUGUGCAAAGAAGGCAAAUAAAAGCGCACCGUAAAAUGUAAGACCCAGUAUCAAUUGACUUUUACACGUAAAGGUGUUUGUUUCCUCAAAUUUAACCACAUAUCCAUUCAAUUAUAGAAAGUGUGCAGGCCAUAAGAAUUAAACACGGUACGGUUAAAUAUCGAAUGGGUUGAAAUUAACACCAGCAUCGAAUUGUUCUAAGUACUGCAGCGGUAUGAACCGAUUCACUGUGGAGGGUUUUCAAACUUAAGUUCUGAUGUAAUUAAGGCAUCGCAAGAAACUUUCUGAAAUACACUGGAGGAAAGAGUGCGUUACAAGAUAUUCUGAAUAAAAUUCCUGUAUAUUUUAACUAGAUUUGUUGUACCGAAA